CCCGGCCCCAGGCUCUUUCUGCGCUCUCCCGCGGCUCGCAGCGGUUGUGGAGCGCGGCGGCUGAACGGUUUCGCUGUUAUUUUUAGAAAUGCUGAAAAAUCUGACCUUAAAGACUGACCUUAAUUGGAGUCUUAUGUACAGCUUUAGGUAUCAGAUAUUUUUCUUCACCAUCAAGAAAAAUUAAGACUGAAGGCUUGUUGCUGGCUGCUUUCUACCAGCCCUGACACAGAGUAUUUCUUCUCUGACGCUGUACCUUGGACCCAGCUGACGGCUCUACAAACUGAUAUAAAAGAUGGCAAGUCUAGAUAGGAGUAAGCGAAGAAUAUUAAAAGCCAAAAAAACAAUGCCUCCAAGUUGCCGGAGGCAAGCAGAGAUCCUGAAUAAGUCAAAGACUAUUGAAGUUCUGAAAACAGCAACAAUCAACAGUAAUGUUCCAAGUAAUAAUCAGAAUUUAAGUACUGAAGUCAUAACUGGCGAAUGUGUACGCCCUGAAAUUGUUGAUUCUUCGUUGGAUUCCAAGAUAAACUCAGCAUUUUUAUUGAACAGCAUAGCAUUCCCUCAGAAUUUAAUAAAACCUGUAGAAAAAUUUGUUCAUUCAGAAACAAGGUUUGAUGAACAAAUUGUAUGUUCUUACAAAAAGCCAAGAAAAGCAAUAGAUUCUUCCAGUCAUUUCUUCAUACAAGAAGUAAAAGAGCAAUGGAAUACUUCUGAAACUCAUUUUGAAUAUAAGGCAAAUGUAACAUCAUCCUAUUUUCAAGAUGAACAGAAUUGUAAUCUAAAAUCCAUUUGUCAUUCACCCACUAUGUUGAGGGAUCUAGUUCAAAAUCCCUUGGAUAAUAACAGAAUCAACAAGAUGGCUUCCAAUUUAGAAGUAAAUUCCAGUUCAGACUCAUAUGAUGAAAUGCAAAAUGACAUUUUAAGUUCAAGCUCAUGUUAUAUGCCUGUUGUGAAAACGCCUAACUUGGUGAAUUUAGUCAUUUCCAACAACUGUGCUUCUAACACUUUGAAGACUAAAGAAUCCAGUAAAACUCAACACUCCAGCAUUUCAGAUGUUGAAAAUACAGAGUCAAAGUGGCAGUGCUUACUCAACACUGGUGGUAAUAACAGCUAUAAUCAAAAGAAGAUGUUUUCAGAAAACAAAGAAAAUGUUAAGCACAUGAAAACAUCAGAGCAAAUUAAUGAAAAUAUUUGUGUUGCUCUGGAAAGGCAAACAGCAGUGCUGGAACAGGUCAAACAUUUGAUUCAACAGGAGAUCUAUAGUAUAAACUUCAAACUAUUUGAUAAAAAAGUGAAAGAAUUGAAUGAACGCAUUAAGAAGACACAGUGCAGGCAAAAACAUGAAGCGAUAGCUGGCGAACUCUUUGCAAGAGUAUCAAAACUUCAAAAACGUGUUAAAGCAGUGUUAGCGUUUCAAAGGAGAUGCAUGGAAUCAAAAACAUCUAAUAAUACCCCCUUUAAGAUUGAAAAUUCAGAGACUAUGACUUUGAAUAAGAGUCAAGAGUCAGUUCAUAGCCGAAAUGAAAUAUUGACUUCUGUGAACUGUGAACCUUCUAACCCUUCAGAAAAAGCAAGUGAAAAACUUAAUUUGUCAUCGGAUGGUGUUGAGUUUGUUUGUGAAAGUAAUGAUGAUGUUAUGUGGAUUUCUGUGGAAAGUCCCAAUUUGACAACUCCAGUUACACCAAAUGCAAGAGAUUCUAAAAGAAUUACAUCAGCAAAUUCCAACAUUUCAUCUAAUGAUAUAGUUGAAGUUAGAGAUCUGGAGAAGAGGAAAUGUGAUUUUGUUAUUGAUUUGACAAAAGAAGGUCCGUCCACCUGCAAGACAGAAAGUCCAGUAUUCUCCCUGGAGUCACCUUCAAAGGCUGCUUUAAACUCAAGAGAAAUAACCCCAGUGGCAGAAAGUGCAACCGAGGAUUUGGAUUGCUUGGAGCAUUUACCACCUCUCCCAGAAGCAUCACCACCACUGCCUGAGCUGGUUUACAAAAUCGGAGACACGCUCCCUCCCCAGAAGCCCGAGCUGAAAGUGAAAUGGGUGCUUAAACCCAUGAGCAUUGCCCUAACCUGGAACAUCACCAAGGUCAGCCCCAGGUGUGCUCCUGUGGAAAGCUACCAUCUCUUCCUAUGCCAUGAAAACGCUAAUAAUAAGUUGGUUUGGAAGAAAAUAGCAGAAAUUAAAGCUUUACCACUUCCAAUGGGCUGUACUUUAUCAGAGUUUUUUGCUUCCAGUAGAUACUAUUUUACUAUCCAGUCAAAAGACAUUUUUGGACGUUAUGGACCAUUUUGUGACAUAAAAUCACUUCCUGGUUUUUGUGAUAGCUUGAUCUAAAAGUCUUCAGUACUAUUUGUUGCAUAUGAAAUGUUCUGUUUUUCAUAUUUUAAUUGUUCACAAUGUUACUCUUAACACUAUUUGCCAUUUUACAGGGUCACGUUGUGAACCCCUUGUAUGGGGACAGUCCUCUUCCUUUUAUUGUAAUUAACUUGUAGUUUCUGACUUGAGUGGGCCUCCACUGUGUGUGUUCUCAAACACACUGUCACGGGCCUAUGUUGCUAAGGUGUCUGGUAUAUUAGCAGCCGCCGUGUCCUGUCAGCAAUCAGCUUUGGCCACCUGCUUGUGGUCAGUGUAGUCUAACAAAGAUUGGUUCUUCAAAUCUUCUCAUUCUGUUAGAAUUCUAGGUGGGCUAUAGAUCUGUGCCCCUCCUCUUUAUUUAUUUUAUUUCAGCUUGUUAUGUCAUUCAUUUGGAGAAGUACUCUAUAAAGUUUUUGCUUAAGACUGUUUGUAUGCUUUUAUAUAAAAUGUGUUAAGCAUUGUGUGCUGUGUACACAAAAACAUAACACUGUCUCAUAAAAACACUGUUCAACCUGCUAUUUAAGUUGUAAUUUGUCUGCCUUAGAUACUUGCUGAUUCUCUAAAUGCUUGCUUUUGCAAAUAGCUUGGUUGAUAUUGAGCACCCAGAGCAUAACACUGAAGGGCUCUAAUAGACUAGUCCUUCAGCCCUCUUCCUGGGGGGACACCAAGCAAGCAGCCCAGGAAACUGGCUCGAGAAGUGUAAGGUUCCAAGCGAGACAGACACUGGAUGGCUAGUUACUGGAAUGUUAAGAAAAUAGAAAAUCACAUUGUUAGAAAGAAAGGUGUUCUUUCCUGAUACAUAAUGAAUGUUGUGAGCUUUAAAAAAUGAACAGUAAAUGGUUUUCCUAGCA